UUUAACAAAAAUGAACUGGGCGAUAUUUCCAUCAGAAUGUCGUUUUGAUAAAAACAAUGUCAAUGCGGACACGGAGUCACAGCGCUGUAGCACUUCCACUAAUGGCAAUGGUAAUCCUGACGAGCGUUGGACAAGCGACCGGACGAACCGGCCGUUACACAGUUAUUCGGUCCCCAGAUAUGGAUGAUCCCUGGAUGAGGCGACACUUCACCAGCGAAAGAAGGGACCAGAAAGAAUUGCGGGACCUGAUGCCGCCGGAACCACGUCAUUUCAAUGAUCCGGAUAUACUUUUCCAACGGCUGGACGACAUGGAACAGAAGCAGAUAGGGACUAAGUUGGCGAGUCCUGACAAAAUGACACCUCCUAGCCAGGACAAGAACGUGGACCUUCUAGUUGGUCACAAACUUAAAUCCGCCCAGCUGCUCAGAGACAAUUUCCCCAAGUUUCCCAUCGAUGCGAACGACCAGGGAUUGGGCGACGGACUCACUCCGGAGAGCGAAGAUCCCUUUGAGUCCCUGGACCGCAUGAACUUCAAUGAGGAUCCUCUAGAGCACUCAAAGGAGGUCAAUCGGGAGAUUAAGAGAAUGUUGGAUAUUUACAGGGCCAAGGAGCGUGAAGGAAAACCGGCCAUGGCCAAGGCCAAUCUGCUGGCCAAGGUCAUCAGCUGCAAGGUGGACAAGCCCUAUGGAGGGCUUAAGUCCCAGACUUAUCCGCCCAACAAAAGUAGCCUGACUUCGACCACAAAAAGCACUACAACUAGCACCACACCUCGGAGUACCACUCCUUUUUGCCUGCCGGAACCCUCGCCCGAGGAUCGUCCUGUCGAGCCCCUGCAUUUACCUCCAUCCAGUCCUAAUCCUUUUGGAGAUGCUUUAAGGACUAAACCCAUGAAACCGGGAGCUGCCAAAAUGAUGCUAGAAAUUAUUUUGGACACCAAACUGCAUGCUUUUUCGGUGCUGAAGAACCUUGACUAUUUGGAGAUGGAGCUGCUGAGUCAGUCGGCUGAGUCAGAUGACUGUGAGGAUUUGGAGUCGGAGGAGGAUUUGGAGUCGGAGGAGGAUUUGGAGGAUUUGGAGACCGAGGAGGAUUUGGAGCCGGAGGAGGAUUUGGAGUCGGAGGAGGAUUUGGAGUCGGAGGAGGAUUUGGAGACGGAGAACCGGGUUACCGAGAGACCAGUGCCAGCGACAGAACCCUUUGAGCGAUUUCAGAAGCCCCCGAAUCCCAAUUCGCAUGUCUUCUCCUUCGGAAUACGACCGGCGAGCCACAGCGAAAGUCUCUACGAUUUGGCCUUGGCCAAGGAGGAGGAGCUGAUGCUGGAGGAACGGGUUUGGGAGGAGCACCAGCAGAAGCUUAGGCAAUGGAGGCCCUUGAAGCCCAAGAGAUUUGAGGCUGCUCCGGAGGCAGCCGCUCGAUUGGAGCCCAUGCAGGAGCCUCAGAAGCCACUGGAGUCGGAGUCCAUAGAAUCCCUCGAUCCCGAGGACACCCGCAUAAACCUGCAGGCACUGAGUGUGGUGGUGAAGCCUAUGACCAGAAAGGAUUUCGCUCAUCCUGGCACCCACGGGAAUCAACCACAUUUGCCCCAGGCCGAAAUGAAAGCCAUUCGAGUGGAGACCACUUUGGAUGACGAGCUGCAGCCAAGCAAAAGACUUCAAAGUGGAAAGAGGAAAAAGAAAAAACACAAGUUUUAUGCCCAGGAAAAGCAGCCAACACCUAACAGGUAUCCCCCUGGCAUUGCUGGCGUCUUCUAUUAAGUCACUCGUAUACAGUUUAUUAACGUUUUAUUGAAAUAUUUUGUCUAACACAAUUAUAUAUUUUUGAAUAAAAAAAAUCAUUUAAAUUU